UAUUUUUUUUUUUAUUUUAUUUUAUUUUUUUUGUUGAAAAUAAUUUUAUUGUAUACAGUCGUCCUACUGGGUGGUGCACUGCCAGUUCUCUCCAGUAACCUCAGUUCACUCAGCCCAUUCGUGAACAGUGGUUUAACCAAAUUCCACACACAAAACCAAUAAAUAUUAAAAUCAAUUUAUUUGUGAAAUUAUUAUAAAUUUUCUUGCAUAUUUGCAGUUAUAUAUCUUCGAGAGAUAUAUUUUGUUUGUCGUAUGUCCAUCCAGAAUCUUAAUACAUUCGACCCCUUUGCAGAUGCAAUCAAGGGUUCAGAUGAUGAUCUCCAAGACGGUCUCGUGCAUAUAAGAAUCCAACAGCGUAAUGGUCGUAAGACCUUAACAACGGUACAAGGAUUAUCUUCGGAGUAUGACCUGAAAAAAAUUGUCCGGACAUGUAAAAAGGAGUUUGCCUGCAAUGGGACUGUGAUUGAACACCCAGAGUACGGUGAGGUGCUUCAGCUGCAGGGGGAUCAGCGUGAAAAUAUAUGCCAGUGGCUAACAAAAUCAGGUCUGGCUAAACCUGAUCAGCUCAAGGUUCACGGUUUUUAAGACAAAUAUAAAUAUAUAAAAUAUUAUUAAAAAUUCGUAAAACCACACAGCCAAAAAGAAGAAAAAAAAAAUAAGAAAAACAACAAACAACAACAACAACAAACAAAAUAUUCAAAAAAAAAAUCCAUCUUUUAAAAAAUCCUUUCUUCUCUUGUCUUUUCUUUUCUAUUUUUCCUACCAAUAAAUCAUUUUCCUUAGCUACAUUAUUAAAUAGAAAUUUCAUUGUCAUAACAACAACCACCACCACAACAACCACACCC